AGUAAGACAAAGACAGAUUUGAGAUCUGAGAUCUGAGAUUUGAGAAACGUCUAUGAAUUCGAACCUGAGUCUGCUGAACGCAGCCAUUCUCACAAUUGGUUUUUUUCUUCUUUUCCUGUUGAAUCUAAAUGUAUAAAUCAAUAAUGUCAUGGAAUCUCAUACAUUUACAAAGCUGCUUUUUAUGCUCAAUGGCCGCAUUCAGCAGAUUCAACAUGUUGAGAUAUUCAUUUAAAUCAUCCAAUCAGACAUUUAGAUCAAGAAGAAUAAACCAAUAACAGCGAACGCUUACUCAACUGCUGAAGUUUACUGACUACGCUCAAUGGCUAUUGGCUAAUCGAGAAUCUUUGUUUUUUCUGAACGCAACCAAUGACGCAAAAACUAUUUAAAGUGAUUUAAAGGCCAUGCAACACACGUGUUAGUAUGCAUUGUUAAUAUUUGUGACAGAACGAUAAAUUAUAAGUUUCAUUAUGAUUACGAGGUGUACUAGCCAUAAUGCGAAGCUUUUCAUGAAUGUUUUUUCAGGAGGAUUAUAUCCGCAAUUAUCGAACCUCGCGUUUGUUCCAAAAUGUAACCCGGCGUCAACAGAGGAUGUGAUGAGAUUAAAAGAGUUUGUUGAUAAGCACCAUCGCUUGUGUGUGUUAACUGGAGCAGGAAUAUCUACAGAAAGUGGUAUCCCCGAUUAUAGAUCAGCUGAAGUUGGGCUUUAUGCUCGAAGCAAUCACAAACCAAUACUUUAUAAAGAAUUUUGUGACAGUAAAGCAUCCAGGAGACGAUACUGGGCCAGAAAUUAUAUUGGAUGGUCAAGGUUCUCCUCUAUUAAACCAAAUAUUACUCACAAGAUAUUGAAACAUUUGGAAGAUAUUGGAAAGGUGGAAUGUAUUGUCACACAGAAUGUAGAUAAUUUACAUUUAAAGGCGGGAAGUAAGAAGGUGAUCGAGCUGCAUGGAACGGCAUUCAGAGUAAUGUGUCUUAAUUGUGAUCAUAAAAUAUGCAGACAUGAACUUCAAAGAGUGUUUAAAACUCUUAAUCCAUCUAUGAUGGCAACUGCUCAGAUGAUAAGGCCUGAUGGUGAUGUGGAAUUGUCACAGGAACAAAUAGAAGGCUUCAAAGUUCCUGCUUGCGAUAACUGUGGUGGCAUUUUGAAACCAGAUAUUGUAUUUUUUGGAGACAAUGUGCCACAUGAAAAAGUACAAAACGUGAAAGCUAACGUGGAAAGUUUAGAUGCUUUGCUAAUUCUGGGAACAUCACUUAGUACAUUUUCUGCAUACAGGAUUGUACUGCAAGCAGUUGAUGCCAAGAAACCGAUAGCAAUAGUAAAUAUUGGCGAGACUAGAGCUGAUAAAUGUAUUAAUUUGAAAGUAGAAGGAAGAUGUGGAGAUGUUCUAUCAAAGAUUUGGCAACUAAAUGCUUCAAAAGAUUUUAUAAGAUAAUGACAAAUGUGAAUAGUUAUCAAAUUAUAUGCUACGUAUAAAUUUAUUCCAACUAUUAAAUAUUAUCAAAGAUAUUUGUAUAGUGUAUUAUAGUUUAUUUUUUUAUUAAUAAUGUUGAAAAUGUUUUAAAAAAGUUCAAUAAACG